GAAAGUACCAAUGAGAAAUUGUUCAGUGUCGAGAAUCUCCCUCUAUACCAAUUCACUCACAGUCGUGUCUCCUUCCUCGCCAUUCCCACUACCCUCCCUACUUCUCUGUUAUCUUCUCCCUUGCUUUCUCUCGCUCUCUCUCUACUCUCUCUAUCUCUCUACCAAUGGCUAUGGUUACUGCCUCUUCUCACCUCUCUCUGAAUCCGUCUUCUCCUCUUGUGCUUCGUGCCUCUCGAUUUCUGACCAAUGCUCGACCACCUUCCUCCAAAUGCUUCCCUGCGCCGAUGCCACCAGUAACUUCCGCGUCAGCAAGUAACAGAAGUAGAAAAACUCUCCUAUCUCCAUUUGUGAUCAACAACGACAAAUUCAGUUCAGACAUUGUUGAAGAUGAUGACGCGGCUGACCAAGAACAACAAGUGGGGAAUGCCAAUGCGAAUGAGACCCUUCUCUACUCCUUCAGUCCUUUACCUCUGCUGCUCCUGGCUGCUCUUCCUGGAGCUGGUACUGUGGCAUCUCUGUUCGAGCCUUUCGUUGAGCUUGUCAAAUCAUUUGGUCUUCCUGGCUGGCUUGUUCAUUGGGGUCACCCGGGCAACAUGGCUGUUGUGCUUUUUGCUAUGGGCGGCUAUGGAACAUAUCUUGGUUACCGGAUACGCUUUUCAGAUGAUGUGGAGGAGAAGGCCAAUGCCAAAGACUUGCAUCCUAAGCUUCUUGCAGGUAUGUUUUUCUUCUUUGCUCUUGGAGCAACUGGAGGAGUAACAUCUCUUCUCACUUCGGACAAACCUAUUUUUGAAAGAUACAACAAAGGGAUCAGUUCGUGUGCUUUACUGAGGCUGAAAUUAAUCUGUAUCUAUGUUUGCAGCCCUCAUGCUGUUACAGGGCUCAUUGGUCUUAGCCUCUUGACCAUACAAACAAUUUUACCUGCUUUGUUUGAGGGUAAACCUGAAUUAAGAACAGUUCAUGGGGUGUUGGGCACUGGGAUCAUGACAUUGUUUGUUGUCCAUGCUGCCCUUGGACUUCAACUUGGCCUAAGCUACUAAUAUUAUCUUUUCCAUGCCUUAGCUAGUUUCCUUGUACUUUCUAUCAUUCAUUUUAGCUUCUUAUAUCCUUUUACACACUUGGUUUAUCAGUAUCAGGCAAUCAGCAAACUCAAUUGGUUAAAAGCCAAUUGAGGCAUGGGAGACUUACCUGUUUAUCAUUGGUUAUAAGCCAAAGAUUAACCACUAAUUAUAGCACAAUUGUUUGUCUUCUAUUUAAACUUAUAGAAUGUUUUCAGUGGUAUGCAAGCAACCAAGUUAUGAUA